AUCUAAAAUUAUUGAACGGUGAAGAUAGUUUAGAAUCGGAUGACAUUCAUCCCAAUAAACGUCUUAUUGAGAACCGGGAGCGAUAUGGAGGAGAUAUGUUAGGUCUUGUGCCCAAACAAAAGGGUGCAAUGAGAAAGGCAUCGUCAUCUAAACAUAAACAGUGGCCCAAUGGUGUCAUCCACUAUAAGUUUGCCAAUACCUUUUCGGAAAAAGAGAUUGCAUUCAUAGAGUCGGCAAUGAAAGACAUUGAAGAUGUGUCGUGUAUUCACUUUAAGAAACGAAACAAUGAAAGAGAUUUUAUUAAUAUAAUCAAAGCCAAUGGAUGUUAUUCAUAUGUGGGUCGAAUCGGUGGUUCACAAGACGUAUCAUUAGGCAGAGGAUGUCUAUAUCGAGGGACAGUCGUACACGAGUUACUACACGCGCUUGGCUUCUAUCACGAACACAUGCGCUCAGAUCGGGACUCAUUUUUGACUAUCCAUUUGAAUCAUGUGAUGCCAGGAAUGAACAAUAACUUUGAGAAGAAUCCUUCGUCGAUGAACCGGUUGUUUGCAAAAUUUGAUUACAACUCUAUUAUGAUCUACUCGUCCACUGCUUUCUCAAAGGACGGACACAUGACUAUGGUUCCCAAGGAUAAGCACUUUAAGCUUAAAGAACCGUACGAUAAGACAAAGAUGACUGAUUCAGACGCUAGUAGUCUUAAAAAGUUAUAUAAUUGUCAAUAA